AUGAGAAUUACUUUGAUUGAAAACUUAACCAUUGUAGCGCAUUCUCAACACAGAAAUUCAACAGAGGAUGCGCUCUCUAAACUAUUGAUCAUCAUACCAUACAUCCAAUACAUAUCUCUGCUAACACCUCAACAUGGAUGGCAAUAUUGGAAAUACAAAGAUGGGUAUUUGAUUUUUAUCUAAAGAGCCACCUCAUAUUUCACUAUUACACCCUUUUUCGAAUUCCAAAAUAAUUUUAUCUAUUAUCCUUUUACAAUUUUUAGUCUCAUAAUACUCCUAGGCGUGUUAUUUUACUUGAGUUUUUUCAGUUUAGAAUUAAACACUAAGAUUAGGAAGGCAAAUUAUAAGGAAGGGAGAACGAGUCUCCUGUGUUCAAUAAUCUUAUUUUCUAUUUAAACUCUCCAAAUACCAUGUUAUAAGUUUUAUAUAUAAUAAAUAAUUGUUGCCAACCGCAACAAUUAGACAAAUCAACUAAUAAUCAACAUGUGCACAUUAAUUCUGUAUUUUUUGUAUGUACUCGUGUGCGAGUAUUUUUUAAGAAUUUAUUCAUUCACCCCAUACCACCCUAUGUAAUAGAAGUUUACAAAGUUAAGAAGUUCAGUAAUAUUGUUAAAUUUAAUUGCAAUUGUUUUAACAUUGGAUGAUUAAUCAAAAUUAUACAAUCUAAUUGGUUUGUUUGUUUUGCAUAUGAUCUUUAUAAUCAAAAGCCUAAAUCACUUAUACUUUUAAUCGGACAUCCCUCAUAAAAAUAUGAUGGACUUCCAAAUUUCAUUUGCCCUGGAAUCAUUAGCAAUUUUAAUCACUUUGAAUGUUGCAUCUAAAAAUAGAACAUUCCCUGAAGAGUAAAUAGCAAUUUACAUGAUGUUCGUUCUCAGUCUCGGAUUAAUUAUAGGAAAUCAUUUAUUCACCUUUCUUUAUCAAUACAACCUCAUCACAUAAACUAGACAACUCAAUCUAAUCUACGAAUUGUAUUCUUGCAUUUCCAAUAUUAAUUCUAACUCUAUAACCAGACAACAUAUACUCAUUUUUCAGUUGAUCAACAAUGAAAAGUUUGCAAAAUUCAAACAAAAGGCUCUGAUUAGUAAUAAAAGCACAAACAUGUCUGAUUACUAUAAAUUGGGAUUGUAUCUGAUCACUGAAAUGUUCAUUGAACUAUUAAAUGAAUAAAAGAAUGAAAUCGAGGAAACACAGUUACUAUUUGUCACUUUUCUGGUCUUUGUCAGAAAAAAACCACUUGUAGCCUAUGUUCAAUUUAAGAGAUUUGAAUAGAAUGUUAAUUAUCGGAAGUCCUAUUAUUAUAGUUUAAUUAAGGAAAGAAUUGAUUUGCACUUACAGAAAAGGAUUCAGGAAGUUUAGAAGAUUUAUCAGAAUAAACAAGUUUAGUCACUAAAAAAUGAUAUCAAUAAUGAGAAAAGAAUCACAACAUUUGAAUUGUAUCAAUUUUGUUAAUUAGAGGAGUACUUCUAAAAGGCACUACUUGAUAUUAUUUAAUAUAAGAUAAGUAUUUGGAGAUUUUAGAUAAAAGGAUGCCAAUCAAUAUAUGAAUUUUAAACAUUUGCACUACCAUUAAGCAAAAAAAUAAUUGACUGUAUUCUAUACUUAAGAGCGUAGUAAAUCAAUGUGGUAAAAGUAGAAUUCAUAAAAUCUUGUGAAGACGUUUUAACUUUGAAAAUUUGUUCUAUGUUCCACAGUUUUGUAUUAAAUGAUUACUGUAUCUCACUUUUAUGUGAAUAGAAAAUUUCAGAUCUAAUAACCACAGAACUUCAAUAAAAGACAUUGUCAAGAUCGAACAUUUUGAAUGAUAACACUAUCCUGGUCAUCCUUAGUAUGGUAAAACAAUUAGGAUAAAUAUUAAAUAUCAAUAAAAGUCAAUUAGCAAAUUAUUUUGGGUAUUCUGUGAUGGAAAUUAACUAAAUUGUUAAUAUCAGAGAAUUGAUGCCAUAGCAUUUCGGCUAAUAACACGAUAGAUUUCUACAAUCUUAUAUCAAGGAAGCAAAAACAGACCUUGUUUUUAAAGACGUUAUCACGUUUGGUAGAUCGAAGACUGGAUUUUUAAUACCUUAAUACAUUAAUAUUUAUAAUAACUACAAUUUCUUGGAUGAUUUUACAUUAAUUGGUGGUCUGACUAAAAUAACAGAAUCCCAAAAUUAUCUGUUAUUCGAUGAGUAUGGUAGAUUAAUUGGGAUUACACAAGAAAUGAGUAAAUUUUUGAUACCUAAAGAAAACUUAGAAUUUUUCUUACAGAAUGUUGAUCUAUUUUAUGUCUACAUGUUUCUACCUCAUAUCCAUUUGUAUAUUAGUGAUAUGCUCUCAAAGAAAGAAGAAACAAUCUCAUAAAAGUCAGUGGUUCUCUAUAUUUACCAAGACUUAGUUAAAUUAUCUAAAAUUCAUGAAUCUAUAUUUUCAACUUACCAGGCUCAAUCACUUAAAUAAAUCGAAUAAACUAACAAGACAAUUACUUAAUUUGAACAUCUAAGUUCUAUGAUACAUAGUCCAAAAUAAGGGAUGAAUUAAAGAUUGAUUACUGAAAUAAAGUCCAUUAAUUAAUAAGAAAAUCCUCUUACAAUAGAUCCAAGUAGAUAGAUCUAAAAUGAUUACAAUUAAGAGAGGAAAUACAAUUUGUCAACCCUAUUCGAAUAGAAAGAAUAACAAAUGGUUGACUUUCUAAAUGCUAUAGAAGAGUUGUAAAAAAGCAUGUAUUAGUGUACAGCCAAAAUACGAAUGGUUGAAUUCGGUAAUAAAGUACAAAAAUAAUAUUAUUUCAUCUUUGAUUGCUCUGAGUUUAUUGAUAAAAGCAAUCUUUAGGAUGACGAAAAGAAAUAGUUCAUAGCUUAGUAAAGUGAAUUACGCAAUGUCAAUAAUCGAAAUUUUAGUAAUAAACAGAGUCAAUAUAAGAGUGCUGAUUAGUAAAUGGAUUCUUCAAUUGCCAGUCCAAUUUAUUCUCAAAUGUAAUAAUAGAGUUGUCUUGGUCAGCAUUCUAACUCAAAUCAAGUUUUUACUUAUGGCAACAAAAGAGGAUCUAAACAAAUAGAUGCUCUGGCUUUAGUAGAAUCAGAAAGCUUUCAUGAAGUGAAUAGCAAUGAUAUUAAUUAGAACAAUAACAACGAACAUCAUUCCAAUCAAGGAGCAUUACUUAAGUCUUAAUCUAGUGGUAAAUCUGGUUCAUCCUCUUAGACUGCUAUUGAAAUUGUCAACAAAUUCAAAACUCAAACCUCCUUAAUCUCAAGUCUAACAAUUGUAUCAAUCUUAAAACUUAUAAUAAUUAUGCUGUUUAUAAUUUUUAUGUCGAUCAACUUGGUUCAAGUUAGGAACUUUAAUAAUCAAGUAGUAAACUUUAUAUCCGAAAUCAAUCUACCAAUUAAUUUUAACAAAUAUUUUUUAAACGUUUUUACUCAUUCUUGGAUGGUUACCAUGAAAAAUUUGAAUAUCUUAAAUACAAGUGAAUUUUUAGAGAACCAACUAGAGGAGUAAUCUACCCUUAUGAAAACUACUUUUAUAAAUCUUACAAACAUGUAUGGUAGCUUUAUAUCUCUUGAAGAAAAUAAUUACUUAGAUGACAUUUAAAUAAUCCAUUUAAGUGAAAAUCUACCUGCAGAAGAUGUUGAAUUUACGGGUUAUCUGUAUUACCUUGAAUAAGUAGGAUUUAGGUUAAUGCAUAGCGAUAAUUAAUAAGAUUAUUUAAGCAACCUUCUAAAAUACAGGAUAAAUUUUGGAAAUAUAAUCAACAACAAUGAGAAGGUCAUUACUUCGUUGAGUUCAUAUUUUGAAAUUUAAUAAAGCGAAAAGAUUUCUACAUUUUUUAAUUCAAUUUUGGUUUAAAUCAUAGUUAUUGGCUUAGUUAUCCUAUCUUAAUUAUAUUUUUGGAAGAAAAUAGAGUUGUAUUGUUAAAGAAUAUUGAUGUUGUCAAAUCGUCUGAGUGAAAAAGCAGCAGAAACUCAAAUCAAUAAGUUCAAAUUAAUAAUUACUGUGAUAAAGCAACUGUAUGGUGAGUUCGGUUACAAACAGAGAAAUUGUAGUAAGCUUUGCUACUCUGAUUUCUAGUCAAAGAGGGUCAAUCUAAAAUCCUUGCAUAGCAAAAAACAGAGAGAAUCCAUUUUCAAUUCGAAUCAAGGAGAAUCAUACAAUAAAAAAUCAACAUAAUUAACAAUCCCUUUGAAUUCUAGAAUAUAAAGCCCUUCUAUUAGAUUGAUUCUAGAAAGCAUUUUAGUUCUAUCCUUAGCCAUUUUUAUAAUUUUGUAUUUCUUAGGCAGUUAUCUAAUAUAUAUUGAUUAGAGUUAAAAAUUAUCACCUACGUAAGAAUUGGCCAUGGAUUACAUUUCAUUUUAUAUUGAUUUUGAGAAUUCUAUUGCAAUUUUGUUGAUAUUAAAAUCUGAAUUACAGAUUUAUGACUUUAUGAAGGAAGUCAUUCCCUCUUAUGCCAAAACUAUCAACUAUUAUGAAAACCACUUAAAUACAAUUCCUCUUUUACUUAGUGUUUAUAACUUUGAUCACAAUAAUUUCAAUGACAUUUAUAAUAAUAUAAUUUAAUCUGAUGCUAUGAACGGAGAAGAUGAAAUAUUUAUUCUAGGUUUGUACAAUGGAGAUUUUUGUUAGCUUUAUUAUUCUUAUAUUCCAUUUUGCAAUAAAAACAUAAGUAAAAUUGAAUUUGAGAAUAAAUACGGAAAGUUUUAAAAUAAAGACAACAAUUCUGAGUAUUUAAGUAAAGGAAUAUCUGGGAUGGUAAGUAAAAUGGAUAAUUUUCUCUCUUCUUAUUUUGAAACUGAAAUUGAGACAGGAGAAUCAGUUAAAGACUUUGCUUUACUAAACUCACAAAUCAAUACGUAGGAUUUUAAUAACAUCAUCAUUCAAUAUUAACUUGACACUUUUAUAGGUUUUGAAGCCUUCAUUGUCAGGAUGCAAGAAUGCAUAAUAUCUGUGAUUCACGAUCAGCAAGACCAAUAAAAUAUCUAUUAGAUUUUAGUUGGCGUAAUGUUUAUUUUAUUUCUUCUUUCUUCAUCAGUUUUUGUCGUAGUGAAAGUCAAUUUAAGAUUGAUUUAUAUCAGAUUGCUAAUAACUCUAUUGCCCUUAGAAAUUAUGCUAGACAUUUAUACCAUUUCUUUAUUGAAACUUUUAAGAUGA